AUGCCCUUCGACCCCGAAGCGUACCGCCUCAAGUGCGCCGAGAUGCCCGACGACGUCCUCCUGGCCCGGCGAUCUCACUACGUCCGCCGGCUCGCGAGCAGCGCCACGGGCGCGGCGCUGCACACCGCCGCGGGCGGCUUCACGUUUGGCCUGACCUGGCUCCUGGUCCCCUACGACGCGGCGCGCAUCCACAAUGCCCGGCGCAAACGGCGGAUCCUCGAGGAGCACGCGCUCGACCGCGGCCUCGCGGUCGAGACGAAACGCGGCGACGUGCUGGUUCCGAUGGCCGCGGGGCUGGCGCUCGGCGCCGUGGCCUUUGAAGGCGCUGCCGCGUGUGCGGAGUUGCUGGUGGACGGCGGCGAAGGGUCGUCCGAGGCGACGCUCGUCAAGGGCGCGGCGCAUCUCGGGCUGGAUGCUGCCAUCGCCGCGGCCGAGCAGUCGCAUGCCCAAAAGGAGAAGACGACGGCCGAGAGGGUGCCGGAGUGGAGUGCCGAGCGCGCUUCCUCGUUGCCAGAAGAAAUAAAAAAGAAGUGA